GGCUUUUUUUACAAACCGGCGAGACCAUGAAAAGGCGCGUACACAUCUGGCGAACGCAUGUGGCCGAAGCUCUUCGAUCGAAUUCAUUCGAUGAUUUCGACGUUCGAUGGAAAAUUUGCUCUGCCGUCCACAUUACGGUGAACGAAUUCGUUUGCAGUCAUUCGUCGAGGUUCGCGGGUAUUUUUGUAAAUGGUAAAAAAUGGCGUCCGAUGAUGAGGAUAUAAUUAUUGCAAGUGCGUUGUAUAUUAUUAUUAGUGAGGCGGAGACCGAAGCAUUGAAAGAGCCCCCCAAGAAACGACGAAAACGGCGCUGGUGGACAACAUCAUUGUUCAAAAGCAGAAGUCGGUAUAGAGGGAUGGACUUAAUUAGUGAUCUAAAAGCUGAAAUGGAAUACGGACUUUUUGUAAAUUUUUGUAGAAUGAAGUCUACUGAUUUUGAAUGGUUAUUAAAUGAAAUCGGUCCAAAAAUCGCGAAACAAGAUACAAAGUUUAGAGAAGCAAUACCGUCAACAGAAAGGUUAAUGUUAACCCUACGAUAUUUAGCUACUGGUGACUCAUAUACAAGUUUAAUGUAUACUUUUAAAAUUUCAAAACAACUCAUUUCAAGGAUUAUACCAGAAGUUUGCUCUGCUAUAAUUGAGAUGCUUCAAGAAUACGUUAAGGGCACGUUCAGAUGACACGCGUUCAACGCGCGUUGAACGCGCUCUAAAUUUUUGUAUAGUGUUCACAUGACACGCGCUUGUCAGGCGUUGAACGCGCGUUACCGCGGCCGCCAUGGUUCAGUCAGAAGAGUUGUUAUAUUUGUCGAAGAUGGACGUAGAAACAGUUUUAACGGUGAAUUUAUACCGACGAUGGCAGAAACGACGCGACAGAAGACGGAGAUAUUGGGUCCACCCAAUUUUGUCACACAGGCUGACUGAAAGCCAGUACAUAAUUUUGUAUCCCAAGUUAAGGCAAUUCGGACCCAAAUUUUUUAACUACUUCAGAAUGUCCAUCAAGUCAUUUGAUGACUUACUGGCUCUCAUAAACGAUGAACUCGUAGCAGAUAAAAACGCUGUGCGAUAUAGCAUUUCACCAGAAGAAAAACUCAUAAUUACAUUGAGAUAUUUGGCCACAGGAUGUUCACUUGGGACAUUAAGCUACGAUUAUAGAAUUGGAAAAUCUACUGUGGCUACUAUAAUACCACAUGUAUGUGAAACUAUUUGGAGAAAAUUGAGACCCAUUGUUAUGAGUGAACCAACGAAAGAAAAGUGGUAUGAAAUAUCCACGAUAUUUGAAAAGAACUUAAAGUUUCCAAAUUGUUUGGGAGCCUUGGACGGGAAACAUAUACGGUUAAUCCAGCCUGAACACACGGGUUCCAUGCAUUAUAACUACAAACACUUUUUUUCGCUAGUUUUAUUGGCGCUAGCGGAUGCAAACUAUUGUUUUGUGUGGGUUGACAUAGGUGCCUAUGGUAAAAACAGUGACUCAGGUAUAUUCAACAAUUCAUCAUUGUACAAAAAGCUGACAGAAAGGUCAUUAGACCUACCUGAGCCAAAGGCAUUGUUAAUACAAAAUAGACCGACAGUGUCGCCAUAUGUGAUAGUGGCUGAUGAAGCUUUUGGUAUGAUGGAGAAUUUAAUGCGGCCAUAUGGGGGAAGGUCACUAACUUAUGCUAAAAAAAUAUUUAAUAACCGUUUGACAUUAGCACGCCGGUAUGUUGAAUGUACUUUUGGUAUAAUGUGCAAUAAAUGGCGCAUUCUACAUAGGCCGUUAGAUGUUAACAUCGGUUUUGCAGAAAAGAUCGUAAAAGCGAUAUGUACACUACACAAUUAUGUCAGAAUGAGGGAUGGCUACAAUUAUGAAGAUACACUUUAUACUCCACCACUGGAAAAUGUAGCCUCACAUUAUACCGGGCGUGCUGUGCGACAGGCGGAUAAUGUUCGAGUACAUUUAACAAAUUAUUUCAUCAACGAAGGAAAAGUUGAUUGCUUGGAUCGCAAUAUUUAA